AUGAAAGCAUACGGUGCAACAACAUCAGUAUCCUCUGCGAAAUCAAGCGGUACCAACUCUAGCACCACGUCUAUGGAAGAAAGAGAUAGUUGCUACUUCCCUGGUUGCCAGAAAGAUGCCAAUUGCCACUGUGAUAUUUGCUUAGCUAGCAUCAAUGCUACCCUUGACCUCAUGCCAGUCAGCAUUCAAAAAUCCUCUCUCACUAAGAUUUCUUCUUCACAAGCCAACGUGGAAUGCACUCCCCUGUCUUUUGAUACUUCAGUUAUCUCUACACCGAGAUCAAUUCCUUGUCCUAAAAUGGAGUCUCCAGCGCUUAAAUCAACAGCAAGAUUGACUCCGAAUCAAAAGAAAGAAAAGAAGAAGGAAGAGUGGUCUUCUGGUUUUUGGGGUGUUUUUUUUCGGCUGGUAUUGGGAUUAAGCUUGCUUUUUGGUGUAGCAGCUGGGUUUUCUUGGGGGAUUUGCAGGGUUAUUAGGCCUGUGUUUUCAUCUGAUAUGGUUAGGAGUAUUGGCGAGAGAGCUUGGGUUGUACAAGAUUUGAAUCGGAGGCUAAGGUUCUUGCAGAAUGAAUUGAAAGGUUUUGUUGCCAAUGGGAAGGUUUCAAAUUGCAGCUUAAUGAAUUCAACAUGGGAAAUCAAUCAGGAUGGGUUGCUUUUGAAUUCACGGUGUGUCUUGUACAAGUCAGCAAUAGAGGAGGUGAGCAUAUGGGGCUGGCCUUUGCAAACUGCAGGAUUGCUCAAAACAGAAUUUUCUUCACGUUCAUUUACCGUGUUGUCAGGCAGAGUUACAGAGUGGUCUGACGGGAAGAUUGGGUCCUCGAUUCGAAAAGUCAACACUUCAUGGGUUCACAGGAAUUGGGCUGCCUCUGCUGUCCAAUUAGAUCCCAAUACAUGGAUUCUGGAGUAUGAGCGGAGCUUGAUAUUGGAUAGCUCAACACUGGUUUCAGCAGUAGCAGAGAUCUUCAAAUACAGGAUGUCAAGAGCUAUGAAAAGUAUGAAUCCAGUAUUCUGGUUGUUCUCUGAUUUUGAUCACCAAUACAGUGUCUUUAGAGCAAAAGACCGUGCCAAGAUCAUCCCAACUUGA